CUCCCGGUACUCUCCCCGUUUCCCCACCAGUCGUCGACUCGCGAUCACACGCCGAAGAUGAUGUCCUGCGCUCGAAGCCGCAUGGCGGCCCUCUCCAAGGCCGCAUGGAGCCCCCGUUUCGUCGCCCGGGCCAGCUACACGACCACUGCCCCUCGUCUGCGCGAAGCCACCGGUCCGAACCCAGCCAACGAUCCGAACCCGCCCAAGCGAGUCCCCAAUGUGUCCGUCACCGAUGCCACCCCCGUUGACGCUGUUUCAUUCGAGGGCACUCUCCAGGAGGACCCCGAGGUCGGCGAGCGGAUCCGCAGUCUGCAGGCUCCUAACCGGGCCAACACCUGGGCGGCCAGCCAGCAGCCCCGGGAGCAGGCCAUGACGGGGCCGCGUUUUGAGCAGACCAUCAUGGGAUUGCAGCCCCAACCCUACGCCGCCAUUGAGCUCAUCCACAGACAGCCUGUCCGCUGGACGAAGAAGCGUGUCGUCAGAUGCGACGGCGGCGGUGGUCCCCUCGGUCAUCCCCAAAUCUACAUCAACACCGACAAGCCCGAGAUUGCGACCUGCGGUUACUGCGGUGUGCCCUUUGCCCAGGAGAAGCACCGCGCAUACCUCCAGUCUCUCCCUGCCACCAGCUACCCCCUUGAGCCCGUGGGCGACGCUGCGGAGGUGAACGAGGAGCAGCGGGUGACCGACGGUGGCCUGGAGCAGCGGUAGAUUGGUUGUUUUCUUGGCGUUGAUGAUUGUUUGUUCUAUUAUGUGCCUGACAAGGGCGACCACCUGUACAGAGUGUACUGUUCCAUGAGUUAGAGUAAAACUUGUUCUUCCCUAGUUCUAC